AUGAAAUCUUUUUUUAGACUCCGUCCUCCCUUCAACUUUAAUCUCGUGAAUGAAACAGCGAACAAAUGGCAUAUGAGGUACAUGGGAAUACCCGAACCAACAUUUAAAUGCCCGGUUAUCGUUCGAAAAGUGAUCGACUCGGUGAUGCACUCGGUGAACAUGAUGGAGUUCAUCAAAGUGUUGGGUCUCCGCAUGAAAUACAUACGUAUCACUACGUCAUCAAAAUUUCGUCAACUUCUCUUCAACUUUAAUCUCGUGAAUCAAACAGCGAACAAAUCACAUAUAAGAUGUGCUGUAGCUGUAAAUGAGGAUCGGAUCAGCAAUGUCAAGCAUUUGAUCAGCAAUGUCAAGCAUCCCCUGCCUGGAGCCGAUCAAUUUCCAUUCCGUUUUUCGAUUCCGUCUUGCCCAUCCUUCGUGAUGAUCAGAAAAGGCUGCAAUAAAAGA